UAUGAUAAAAAUCUUCAGUUCCAUUGUGGGCUUCGAGCGAGUCGGUUGUGAAAAUCAGAAGAUUACUCUUAUCAAUUUUGUACGCGGGUAUGAUUUAGACCGAGUGCAACAAAGAACUAUUACUGUUAGCCAAAAAAAAAAUUGGCAUUGAUUGUAGUUAUUACGUGAUAAUGGCUGGUCCAUUUUUAUCCCCGCUACCUGGUGAUUUAUUAACAGAAUAUAUGUUUGGACGACGCCGUCAGCGACGCAAUAGGACUACAUUCACACCUCAGCAGCUACAGGAGCUGGAAGCCCUGUUUCAGAAAACUCACUAUCCCGAUGUAUUUCUUCGAGAAGAAGUUGCCCUAAGAAUCAGUCUUAGUGAGGCGCGAGUUCAGGUAUGGUUUCAAAAUCGUCGCGCGAAAUGGAGAAAGCAAGCCAGAUUGCAACUAUUGCAGGACGCAUGGCGAAUGCGCUGUUUAGGCAUAAGCUCUACGCAGUUAGUAACUGAUCCCCAAAAUUCCUCUGCUUCAAAUAACAAUAAUGCAACUAGUAAAAAAAACGACGAAAAUGAAUCCACUUCUAAGGAAUCUGAAUUUACGUUAAUGCAUCCAGCAUUCCAAGGGCCCAGUAAUUACACAAAUGACAAUUCUGUUGAAGAUGUAAAAAGAGCUACUUCAGCUCACUCGUUAUUUCAAGCAAACCGAAACCAUUCGAAUAGUGCUAAUAUUAACAACCGUGCUUUGUAUCAUCCGAUACAUGUUUCCUCUCGUAUGUCGUCAAAUUCAGAGGAUUCAAAUGGCAGUGAUUUGACUGACGGAUCAGAAGAAAUUGACUUGACUACAAACAGCGGAUGCAUUGAUUACUCAAACAACAGUUCUAUGAAAAAUUGAAUUGAAUCAAGUGAUUUUGUAAAUAAUAAAUACAAAUGAGUUGAAACAA